UAGAGAGCUGUGAUUUUGUUAGUGGUAGUAAAAAUCGUCCCACAUGAAACCCUCCUGUGUCAUGUCCUUCACACUAGCCAGGAAGGAUUUCAAAGAGAGCCAGCUGCUCCCCGGGAACAACUUCACCAAUGAGUGCAACAUUCCAGGCAACUUCAUGUGCAGCAAUGGGCGCUGCAUCCCGGGCUCCUGGCAGUGCGAUGGGCUGCCUGACUGCUUCGACAAGAGUGAUGAGAAGGAGUGCCCCAAAGCUAAAUCGAAGUGUGGCCCGACGUUCUUCCCCUGUGCCAGCGGCAUCCACUGCAUCAUCGGCCGCUUCCGAUGUAACGGGUUUGAGGACUGUCCCGAUGGCAGCGACGAGGAAAACUGCACAGGAAACCCCCUGCUCUGCUCCACCGCUCGCUACCACUGCAGGAACGGCCUCUGCAUCGAUAAGAGCUUCCUGUGCGAUGGGCAGAAUAACUGCCAGGACAACAGCGAUGAAGAGGGCUGCGAAAGUUCUCAAGAACCAGGCAGCGGGCAGGUGUUUGUGACCUCAGACAACCAGCUCGUGUACUACCCCAGCAUCACCUACGCCAUCAUCGGCAGCUCGGUCAUCUUCGUGCUGGUGGUGGCCCUGCUGGCACUGGUCUUGCAUCACCAGCGGAAGCGGAACAACCUCAUGACACUGCCCGUGCACCGGCUGCAGCACCCCGUGCUGCUGUCCCGCCUGGUGGUCCUUGACCACCCCCACCACUGCAGCGUCACCUACAACGUCAACAACGGCAUCCAGUACGUGGCCAGCCAGGCCGAGCAAAAUGCCUCGGAAGUAGGCUCCCCACCCUCUUACUCGGAGGCCCUGCUGGACCAGAGACCCGCGUGGUAUGACCUUCCUCCACCACCCUACUCUUCGGACACCGAGUCUCUGAACCAAGCCGACCUGCCCCCUUAUCGCUCGCGGUCAGCGAGUGUGGACAGCACCAGUUCACGGGCAGCCAGCAGCCUCCUGAGUAUGGAAGACACCAGCCACAGCCCAGGACAGCCUGGCCUGCUGGAAGGCACUGCUCCACCCAGGGACUCUGCACCCAGCCCAGGCACUGAGGAAGCAUAGAAUCCAGCUGUUCGAGAGUCCAGAUGGUGCAUCUGCUUCGACGUGUUAUUCUGAUAACAUGGGACGCACUUUUAAGUUCCUAUAAGGGGGUUUCAAGUUGAAGUUGGGGUAUCAGCUGCCGCUCUGUUCCCCUGGUCCCUGAGAUGUUCUUUGGAGGGUGAUCUGGCAUUUUUCUGGCUUCUUGGUUGACAUGAUGCAUUGUCAAUUUCUGCGAAGUCACUUUUCCUUGAGGGCUUAGGAUCACAACCUCAUGCUUCCCUUCGUUCUGUUACUGUUGGAAUCCCCCUAAUGAGCUUUGUACAUUUGCAGGCAGCAGGAUGAAACAGUAUUUGAGUAGUCCCUGAGAAAGUAGUGCUUCUGUUCCAUGCUGCAUGUCCGGAAGGGCAGAAGACCCUGGGCCAGAUCCUCUGGGAAGCCGCCACCUUACUGCUCCAUUUGGGGACUUGGGUUGGUCUACCAGAAGACCAUCAAUGGAUGGCCACCCUGAAGAUCAUCCAGGUGCACCUCAAAACCUGUCUUGUGUUACCCUACACAUUGCUCUCACUUUAGCAGAUAGUGGCCAAAGGAAACUUUUGCUAUGAGUGACACCCUUCCACUAUCACUGGUGUCAUUUUAGUUUUGUGAAGGACUUAGAAACUGUGUACCCUGGAUAGAUUUUGACUUUGAAAUUUGCCCAAGAAUCCUCAUGUGGAGAGGCGUUUCUGGCAGUGUAGACAAUUGGCCUCAUCUCAGAAUAGGAAGGGGGGCCGUACCAUGAGUUUAACCUGUGGUCUCGGCCCACUUGCCCCAUUGCCCCUUCCAUAGCUUCUGGAUUGUCACCUCCCAGCUGAUCGGCUACAGCCAAGGGAUGAAGACCCAGCUGGAGUUGGCCUGAAAGCUGAUCUGGCCUUCUGUCCCAGCAAGCCAUGCCCAGCCCCUCUCGCUUAUUCCUGAAGCUUCAGCAUUAGGCUCCAAGGCCCCCUUCACACCCUGGAGUCUGUCUGACCUGUGCAUGUGGACUUGAGGAUCCUGAUUUCUAACACUCGUAAGAGCCGGGUCUGUCACUUCCUGUGAGAGCUCCAGGCUCCCCACACUGUGCAUACUCUGCCCUGUGUCCCAGGACCAGCACCCUGAGUUAAUGCUAGGGUUAAAGUUAGGGCCAACCCUCGCCUGACAUCCAGGUAGAUAAGAGGCGUAGUAGAGAGUUGUCUCCUUUGAGCAACAUGGGCAACACGAUCGUUUUGAGUGAAGAUUUUCCGUUUGGAUUUUUUUUUUUUUAAUCUCUUAGAAAUGCAUUUUAAACAGUGUGUUUGGUUUUCUUCCCUUCUAGUUAAGGGAUUAUUUAUAUGUGUAUAGGAAGGCUGUCUCUGUUUUGUUUGUCUUCCCUAUAGUACAGUCCAAAGAAAGAUGCAGAAGGAGGUCCAGCCUUUGCCUUGCCCAGCCCUUAAGUCCCCCCAGACUAACCGGCUGCUUUGUUGCACUUGGAGGUUAAUAUUUAUGGAGUUCUUGAAGGAUGCAGAAACAGAGUUGCCUCCCUCAAUUCAUAGUCCCUAUGUUUGUGCUAGUUUUCCUCUUUUUCUGUACCCAGCCAGCCACAGGGCCCACCCCCGUGCAGGAAUAAUGGGUAAAAACUUGGGCGUUGUUCGGUAAGAAGACCACAGAAGGACAAAGCUGGAACCAAGUGGAACCACCUUGGGCAGCUGUCACACAUUCAGGGCUUCUUUCCUUGGCCCAAGAAUUGUCAUUAACCUGUAUGAUGCUAAUUACAACAAAGCCUACAGGAAGUAGCCUUGAAGUAGCCUUCCCUUCCCUUCCCUUCUGUGAUCCUGCUGUGUAGAUUUUUCCUUUUUUUUUUUUAACCAAAUCCAAAGUAAAUAACAGGAAAGCUGGCGACUUGGGGUUUUUUUGUUUGUUUUUGUUUUAAGUAAAGGAACCUGGUUGCUUGUGUCUUUCAGUUUCAAAAUAGCACUUGAGUUAUUUUCUGAGUAAUCCAUUAAGGAACUUGGAUAGCAGACAGAAUGUGUCCAGUCACACAUUUCAUCUCCUGUGAGUCAGUGUGGUUUAUUCCUCCCUUUGAUGGGUGCCUGCUUUUUUCUGGUGCUCUGGAAAUUGUUUAGAGGAAAGGAUUCUAAUUUUAAUUAAUUGUGCAGUGAGUUAAUCCCACGUGCUUUUCUGCUUCCAGGCAUCUUGGGAAAAACAAAUGGUUUUAGUAGAUAAGGGGAGCCUAUUAAUUUAAAAAAAAAAUGCAGGGACAUUUUAUUAUGGAUAUGAUUUUUAAUGGAUUAAAAAUCAUAAAUAGGACACCAAAGCUACAGGAUUUUUAGAUUUUCCCCUUCUAUUUAAAAUGUCAAAUAAGUGCCUGGUAGUAUUUUUUAAUUCAUUCCAACUAGGAUAUUUUUUAAUACAUUGCCUAAAUCUACAACGACCAGAAUAAUGUGAUCUCUGCUUUCUUUUCUCUCAAAUGAGAUCAGCAUUUUUUUAAGUGGGGUGUGGGUACCAGGGAU